ACCGUCAAUCGUAACCAUAGUAAUCAGGUUAGGUUGGCCGAUUGACGGAAGCGCGAGCGGAACCUUCAUGAAGUUUCGCUGCGGUGGCGGCGACGCCGAUAAUAUUGAAAAUGUGAAACCAUCGGAAGCGGCGGCCGAGUCUAUCCCACCGCAGCCUGGAUUGAGCAGAGUGGCCGCUUGCCAGAGGUCGUGCAGCUCCGCUCGAGAUACAAGACUUUUAGCCGUCUGUGGCCGGCGAAAACGCGAGCCCUCCGGGAGAAAGAAGCCACCACGGUUAGGGAGGAGGAGAGACACAAAAACAGAUAUAUUUAGGAGCAGGGAAACACACGGAGGAGGGAGAGAGACACCGAUAGAUAUAACUAAGUGAAAGGCAGUCUCCCUUCUCUCUUAAUAUACACGUACACAAAAACACACCAGAAGGACGCAUUCUUGUGUAAUUUUUCCAGGGGCAGAGAGGGAGAAACCGACUGUCACCUUGGUUAGAGGAAGAGCCACAUACAUCCGCACUCCGGAGGAUCAAAGAGUAACCCGAAGAGAGCGAGGUAUUAACUCCUCCUACGGAAAAGAGACGACUUUGGGAAGGAGAGUCAGAGAAAAGGGUUAAACAGUGUUACUGAACCUCCGCAUCCAGGAACAGAGCGAGAAUGUGGGUUCGGGGAUAGACGCAGUGGCAGAGAGCUCAGUGAGAUAUAACUUAAUCGAUUUGUUACAGUCGAAAACCCGUGCAGCAAUAGCAUUUGAAGGAUUGGAGGAACAUUUUGCUUUGGAUCCUGGUACCUUUCCUCUGCUGCUUUUUUUUAGUCCUUAUUGAUAAUCAUGGGCCUACCGGCACUUGAGUUCAGUGAUUGCUACCUAGACAGCCCACAAUUCCGGGACAGAAUCAAAUCUCAUGAAGCAGAGCUGGAAAAAACAAAUAAGUUCAUUAAAGAUCUGAUUAAAGAUGGAAAAGCAUUGAUUCAGGCAAUGAAAAAUCUGUCUGUUGCAAAGAAGAAGUUCGCUGAAUCUUUAAAUGAAUUUAAGUUUCAGUGUAUUGGAGAUGCGGAGACAGAUGAUGAGAUCCAUAUAGCGAGGUCACUUCAGGAGUUUGCAGGAGUUCUAAGGAGCCUUGAAGAUGAGCGGGGGCGUUUGAUUGAGAAUGCUGGUGAUGUUUUAAUCAGUCCAUUGGAAAGAUUUCGGAAGGAGCAGAUUGGAGCUGCAAAGGCAGACAGUCAGGUUGAUGUCGUCCGACAGCACUUCUACGAAGUGUCACUGGAAUAUGUAUUCAGAGUGCAUGAAGUGCAAGAACGAAAGAUGUUUGAGUUUGUGGAACCAUUGCUUGCAUUCUUGCAAGGACUCUUCACAUUUUAUCAUCAUGGCUAUGAACUGGCAAAAGACUUUGGACAUUUUAAAACUCCACUUCAGAUCAGCAUUCAGAAUACACGGGACCGUUUUGAGGGUACAAGGUCUGAAGUUGAAUCAUUAAUGAAGAAAAUGAAGGCGAACCCUCAGGAACAUCAGAGCAUCAGCCCAUACACAAUGGAGGGUUACCUCUUUGUGCAGAAAAAAAGUCCUUUUGGAUCCAGUUGGGUGAAGCACUACUGCACGUAUCAAAAAGAAGCCAAGAAGGUUACAAUGGUGCCAUUUGACCAAAAAACUGGAGGAAAAAUAGGCGAUGAAGAAACAUUUACCUUAAAGUCAUGCAUUAGGAGAAAAACUGAUUCUAUUGAGAAGAGAUUCUGUUUUGAUGUGGAAGGAGUAGACAGGGCAACCACAAUCACCAUGCAGGCACUUUCUGAGGAGGACAGAAGACUGUGGAUAGAGGCCAUGGAUGGCAGAGAGCCAGUGUACAACUUGAAUAAGGACAAUCCAAUAAGUGAAGGCGCUGCCCAACUGGACAAAGUUGGAUUUGAUUUGGUGAAGAAAUGUAUUCGUGCUGUUGAAGAAAGAGGUAUAAAUGAACAGGGCCUAUAUCGAAUAGCUGGUGUUAACUCCAGAGUUCAGAAGCUAUUGGGUUUAUUAAUGGGAUCAGUUGAUGUCGAUCUGGAGACUUCAACUGAAUGGGAGAUAAAGACUAUUACUAGCACGCUUAAACAUUACCUGAGAGUGCUCCCAGCUCCACUGAUGACAUUCCAGUUACAACACAGCUUUAUCAAAGCAGCCAAAUUGGAUCAUCCAGAAUCGAGACUUUCAGAGAUUCAUAAAUAUGUGCAUCGGCUCCCAGAAAAGAACAGAGCCAUGUUGGAAAUAACAAUCAAACAUUUGGCAAAGGUGUCCAAAAACCACAAACAAAAUCUGAUGACCGUGGCAAACUUGGGCGUGGUAUUUGGACCAACUCUGCUUAGACCAAAGGAGGAAACUGUAGCAGCAAUCAUGGAUAUCAAGUUCCAGAAUAUAGUUGUUGAAAUUCUAAUAGAAAACCAUGAACAGAUUUUUCAGAUAGUACCAGAAACUGCCACAAUUCAACCAAAUGUAACAUUGAGUUCUGCACAGAGGAAGAGUUUUGAAUGUAAGCCUCCCUUAUGUAGCCAGAGGCCUUUAAUGCUGUUUCCAGAAAAUUCGAAUGAAAAUGAGAAGCAGAAAAACAUUACAAACUCCAGUACUGAAUCUGUGGUCAUCGCUGCUGUGAACGCUUCAUUGAAUGCUAAAACUCAUCGACAAAGUGUACAUAGCCUCGGCUCUUGUGACACUGAAACUUCUACCGUGAAACUAGAACGACCCAAUUCUCUGGCUGUGUGGUCAAGUUAUGCAACUUUAUCAGCUAGAUUCCGCAAAAGGUUAAACUCCAAAAGAAAACCCAAUCUUACUAGUCCUCUCCCUCCCAGUCCCAGCUCACCAUUAUCACCCUCGUGGCCCAUGGUUUCAGCACCUUCAAGUCCAGUACCUGUUUCCUCAACCUCCAGCGACUCCUCCCCUCUCAGUAUCCAAUGUCGCAAAGCUCGAGCCUUGUAUGCAUGUAAAGCAGAGUAUGACUCAGAAUUAUCCUUUAGUGCUGGAACCAUGUUUGAAAAUGUUGUGUGUUUUGCAGUUCAUUCAUCCAAAGAACCUGGUUGGCUUGAAGGAACAUUGGAUGGGAAAACUGGACUAAUUCCGGAAAAUUAUGUUGAGUUUCUAUAGCCAAAGGUGCAAGACAUUAUUUCGGAGCACUACAUGGUAUCCAUGGCAAUGUGCGAAGACUUCAACAAGAUUUUAGCUUUUAAGGUUUUAUUUCUAUUGCAGAAAUGCAAUAAGGAACCAUUUGUGAACUGGAGAUAGAUGAUUAACUUCAACCCUAGCUUCUACUGUCCCGUAGUGUUGAUUUGAUUCACUGUUAAUUUAUCGAACCAGAGCCUGUAAUUAUUUCUGAAGGAUUUGUUUUAAUUCAAACAGUCCCUGGUUUCCUAAAUUAGGGUUUAUUUUAUCUGAACUAUGCCAUAUCAUGUAUAUAAUGUAGAUAUUCAUUCUAUGAAGCUGGUGGCAAAUGUAAUCAACAUGAUGUAGGCAGUGUGUUACAGUUUUUCCUUUGCAAAGUAUCUGUUAGUUUGC